AUGGGUUCUAUCGAUCCGUCAAAUCUGCCUUACAUUCAAUCCAACCCCAAGAUCAUUUUCUUCACCGAUUUUGACGGGACGAUCACAUUGAAAGACAGCAAUGACUUUUUGACCGAUAACCUAGGAUACGGCCAAGUCAAGCGGAAACAAAGAAAUGAGGACGUCCUCACAGGCAGAGCAAGCUUCCGAGAUGCCUUCCGUGACAUGUUAGACAGCGUCAAGCCCGGUUUUGGCGAAUGCAUUCAGAUCUUGAAGGAGAAUAUGAAAUUGGAUCCAUACUUUGUCGAAUUCUACUACUGGGCUAAGGAAAAUAACGUCCCUAUCGUUGUUGUGUCUUCUGGCAUGGCUCCGAUCAUUAGCGGCCUGUUUGACGAACUGCUCGGCCAUAAGCCGGACCCUAAGCAUUUGGCUAUCGUUGCCAAUGAUGUUGAGAGUCGGGAUGGCAAGGACAUUAACUCGCCCGGAGGCUGGCAGAUCAAGUACCACGAUGACAGCCACUUCGGUCAUGACAAGUCCCUCGAGAUCAAGCCAUAUGCCGCCUUGCCGGCUGAUAAGCGUCCAACACUUUUGUACGCCGGUGACGGCGUGUCUGACUUGUCUGCUGCUGCCGAGACUGAUCUACUCUUUGCCAAGAAAGGACACGACUUGAUCCGAUACUGCGAGCGCGAGGGAAUGCCAUUCACCGUCUUCGAGGACUGGUCCACCAUCCUUGCCACCACCAAGGAUAUCUACGAGGGCAAAGUCUCCGUCAAAAACGUUGCACAGGAAGGGCUAGAGAAGGUACAAGCUGGUGAAGCUGGGCUUUAG